AUCGUUUUCAAACGAAUUAAAAUUAGUGAAUGUCAAAUAAUCGAGUAAUGUUUUAUACAACAAUCGUCAUCAUCGAAAAGCUUCAAGGAAAGACUUAUACAAAUUUUUAUAGUCUAUUUAUAAAAUAAUUUAAAUUACGUUACGAUGUAUUUGCCAUUUAAAAUUUUGAUCGUCGUAUGCACAAUGUGUAAUCUAUCGAUGUCGUCAUUAUAUGUAUUUUUAUCACGUGGCAUGAGUAUGAAAUGGACAAAGCAAAUGUCUUCAGUGUCGCAUGCAUUUUUGGAUGAAUAUACCGAUAAUUUUAAGACAUUUUCUGAUAUAUUCAAUGAUGGAAAUAGUCACAAAUUAGCACUUUUAAAAGAUUACAACGUCAAGGACGAAGCAGCACCAGUAACAUGUAACUUAACAAUACGGAUACAUAAAUUCAAUGGUCAAAUAGACACCAAAACGUGUGACAUUAUUCCACCUUCUAAGGCUAACAAAAAACAGAAAGUAUCCGUAGAAAAGAUUCUGUUUCUGAAAAGUGACCGAGUUCUUAUAACAUGGAAAGUUAUACACGGAAUGACAGGAGAACAUACAUUGCUCAAAGUCAUUAUUAUUGAUACGUGCGUAUCCAGUAAAUUCAUCAAUUUAAAGGUCGCCACGAAUACCACACACAAUAUUGGUCGCAAAUUUUACGAAUUAAUACGACUAGAAGAUACUUUCGAUGUGAUCUACGAAAAUUUUGAAAUUUGCCCAAGAAGUUAUUGCAAGUUAAGUUUCAAUUAUGACGGCGAUGGAGUUGAUAAUAAUUCUUUGCCAUUUCUAAAUAAAUUUAUUAAAGAAAAUGAAACACUUUUUAUCAACAGCAUAAGCACAAUGAAGACCGAUUUAGGAAUAGAUGUUGUUUUGACUGGAAAUAAAAAUCAAUUUACCUCGAAUGGACGCGUUCGUGUUAAAGAUGUUUAUUCCCCAAUUUUAGGGUGGAUAGUAGUCAAUGACCUGUUUUCCGACUAUGUUUUUGUGUUUGAUUAUCAGGCUUAUUCAAAUGAAAAUGGUUUCGCAACAAUAUGUUGGAUACAACUUUUUAAAAACAAAUUAGCCUGUAAAAGGCUUGACGACACUCAUAAAUCCGAAAGUCAGUCAGACAACAUUCUUAAGGCAGAAAUCGAUCACUGGGAUCGAAUGCCGUGGAUUUACAACACACGUGAUGGAGAAAUCAUUUUGAUCAAUUUUGGAUUCGAAAAUGAAGAUAAAUUGAUUUUUAUCGACAAAUUCAUUUCAGAUGGCAAAUGUGAAAGGCUCAUAAAAAUUUAUACUAAAAAUGGCUCUUAUCCUCAAUAUUACUCGUUAUCAAUAACUGAUAAAAAUCAAUAUUGUUUUUCUUUCAUUAUGUGGAGAACUAAUACGAACAGAAAAAAUAAUUUUAUAGUUUCAUACACUUAUGCAUACGAAUUUACUACGCAAUGCAUAGAAGUCCAAAAUUUUGUCACGGCAGAUGAAAUAAAAUGUGGAGCUGGGUAUUUGUAAAUUCUAUUAAGAAUAAUAAACGAAACUAGAUAAUAUAAAUUAUAUCACAAACAAUUAAUGCAAUUAAAUAAAUAACUAUGGUCUGUUGAAAAUUAAGCAGCAAGACUGAAUAAUAUCCAUUGUCAUUUAGCUAUACAUCGAUCAUUAUUAUGGUUUAGUGACGAAAUACUUUAUUUUUUUGUUUUAAAAUGUUAUGGUAAUAGGUCAUCCAUAU